CGGGACCAGCUGUGGAUGGCAGUACUUAUAACGUGCGCUGGCUGAGCAGAGCCGAGUCCCGCUGCUGGUCCACCGCCGCGGACACCGCUCAGAUCCCGGUGAGCGUGGGAGUGGGAUACCAUGAUGGCAGACAGCUCGAACUGUUCCUACUGUCGCGAGGACCUCGGGGGGAAGAGGUUUGUCCGUAAUGAGGGAAAGCCGGUGUGCGUCCGCUGCCACACCAAGUUCUGCGCCAACUCCUGCGCCGAGUGCCGCCGGCCCAUCUCUGUGGAGACAAAGGAACUCAGCCACAAGGGCCGUUACUGGCACGAGGAGUGUUUCCGCUGCGCAAAGUGCUACAAGCCCCUGGCCAAGGAGCCGUUCAGCACCAAGGAUGACCGCAUCAUGUGUGGGAAGUGCUGCUCCAGAGAGGAUGCCCCCCGGUGCCAUGGCUGCUAUAAGCCAAUACCGCCUGGCAUAGAGAGCGUGGAGUACAAGGGGAACUCCUGGCACGAUGAAUGUUUCACUUGUUGCAACUGCAAACGACCAAUAGCAUCGCAGAGUUUCCUCUCCAAAGGGAGUGACAUUUACUGCAACCCGUGCUACGAUAAGAAGUUUGCCAAACACUGCGUCAGCUGCAAAAAGCCGAUAACCUCUGGGGGAGUGAACUACCAGGAGCAGCCGUGGCACACCCACUGCUUUGUGUGCAGCUCCUGCUCCAAGCCUCUGGCAGGGUCCAGCUUCACCAACCACCAGGACCAGGUCUUCUGCGUGGACUGCUACAAGAGCUCCGUGGCAAAGAAAUGCAGCGGCUGCCAGAAUCCCAUCACAGGUUUUGGUAAAGGCGUGAACGUUGUGAACUACGAGGGCAGCUCCUGGCAUGAAUACUGCUUCAACUGUAAGAGAUGCUCCCUCAGUCUGUCCAACAAGCGCUUCGUGGCCCGGGACGGAGACAUCCUCUGCUCUGACUGCGGCAACAAGGACUGACGGAAAAACUCUGUCUGUUCACCCAACUUCUCUCUUUUUCAUGUAAAGGCCAGGGUCAUUUCAAUAUCCUGUCACAUACUCAGCUAGGAUUUUAAAAGAUUAAACGAAUGCAACGUAGAGUGCGCCAGCCAUUGUUUGCUCUGAUGCUACAUGCUAACACUGUACACACAUGCAGGGCUGAGUGGCUGUCGUAGAAAGCUUUGUCCUACAAGUUUCUGAGGAUGGCGUAAACACGCUUACAAGUCUGAGAGUGCCUCGAAGAAGGCAUGGAAAUCCGUUUCAAAAUGACCCAAAAAACAACUUUUAGUGCAAACAAAGACAUGAAUGUUGGACAAAUAAAUGAAUGAAGAUUAAACCAUCCUCUAAUACAAGUCUAUUGACUUUACGAAUUGUCAUUAAGGAUGCAAACCACUGAAGAGCUAGAUGCUGAUUAAAGUGUGUAUAUUAUUAAGUAGAAAAGAAUGCUAGUUAUGGAAAGGCAAACAAGGCUAAAGAAACAAGUUACUUAGCAUGAAUAGCUGCUUGUUUUAGUUACUUUAAUGUCUGCAUGAUGUUUUUGGCACUUUUUCUAAACAGGCCUCCCUUGGGAGGCAAGCAAAACUCAUUCUCAUACUGAAAUUUGUGCAAACAUGUCUUGAUGUGUUGCUGAAAUGAAUUAAAGUUUCUACAGAAACAGA